CGGAGCAGGCAGCUCCUGGCAGCUGCGCCUCCACUCCCUGCUGCGCCAGCCCAGCGCCCAGCACGCCGGCUCCCUCCCUCGGGCCGCAUGGACGCACGGGCUCUGGGGGCGGCCAUGGGGGGCGGCCCGGGGCUGCUGGCCCUGGCACUGGUGGUGAGCGGGGCGGUGGGCGCGGGGCCCGGCUAUGAGGCCUACGGGCGGUUCUCGGCCAAGGCGCCGCAGUGCGUGGACAUCCCGGGCGACCUGCAGCUGUGCCACGACGUGGGCUACACGCGCAUGCGGCUGCCCAACCUGCUGGAGCACGACUCGCUGGCCGAGGUGAAGCAGCAGGCGGGCAGCUGGGUGCCGCUGCUAGCCAAGCGCUGCCACUCGGACACACAGCUCUUCCUCUGCGCCCUCUUCGCGCCCGUCUGCCUGGAGCGGCCCAUCUACCCCUGCCGCUCACUCUGCGAGGUCGUGCGUGACGCCUGCGCCCCCGUCAUGGAGUCCUACGGCUUCCCCUGGCCCGACAUGCUGCACUGCGCCCAGUUCCCCCCCGACCACGGCCUCUGCAUCGCCGUGCAGUUCGGCCACGGCCAGGUCACCGCACCCCCAGUGCCCCGGCUGUGCCCGCAGUGCGAGGUGGAGCACAAGGCGGAUGGCAUGAUGGAGCAGAUGUGCUCCAGUGACUUUGUGGUGAAGCUGCGCAUCAAGGAGGUGGUGCAGGAGGGCACGGAGCGGCGGCUGGUGGCGGCGCCGAAGAAGAAAGUGCUGAAGCUGGGCCCGCUGCAGCGCAAGGACACGCGGCGCAUGGUGCUGCACAUGCGCAACGCGGGCGCCUGCCCCUGCCCCCAGCUCGACCACCUGGGCGGCAGCUUCCUGGUGCUGGGCCGCAAGGCUGGCGGGCGCCUGCUGCUGCUCGCCAUCUACCGCUGGCAGAAGCGCGACCCUGAGGUCAAGUUCGCCGUCAAGUUCAUGUUCUCCUACCCCUGCCCUCUCUACCACCCGCUGCUGCUGCACAGCGCCCAGCACCGCUGACCCCCCACCCUGUGCCACCAGCCUGCCCUGGGCCUGCACCCCCCUCUCCACACCCCAACUCCCAGA